GUCUCUCCCCGUCCGGCCGAACCUGAAACUAGCGACGGGGGGAGAGAGGCAAGGUAGCGUGUGGCCGCAGGCGGCCUCGGGCCCGUCGCGCCCGGCGUGAACAGGGAGCGGGCUCGGCGCGGCUCCCCACAGGAAAUCAGCCCGGAAGACGGACCCUGGCGCGGGCCGCGGCCGCGCGCGCGCCCACUCGCCCCGCCCCCUCCCCCCUCCUUUCCGCGGUGGUACUGGCGGAGGGCGGAGGGAUCUGGAGGCGGCGGAGGGAGACGUCAUUGCAGGGUUGUUUUUGCAGUCUCGGCGGCGGCGGCGACACACAGUGAUUCGGCCGCUGCGCCGGGGGGUGGGGGGGCCGAGCGGGACUCUUUUCUUUCAGACUGACCGCGGGGCAGCUGCGGAGCAUGUCGACCCCGGCCCGUAGGAGGCUCAUGCGGGAUUUCAAGCGAUUGCAAGAGGACCCGCCUGUGGGGGUCAGUGGUGCACCAUCUGAAAACAACAUCAUGCAGUGGAAUGCAGUUAUAUUUGGACCAGAAGGGACACCCUUUGAAGAUGGUACCUUUAAACUAGUAAUAGAAUUUUCUGAAGAAUAUCCAAAUAAACCACCAACCGUUAGGUUUUUAUCCAAAAUGUUUCAUCCAAAUGUGUAUGCUGAUGGUAGCAUAUGUUUAGAUAUUCUGCAGAACCGAUGGAGUCCCACAUAUGAUGUCUCUUCCAUCUUAACUUCAAUUCAGUCUCUGUUGGAUGAACCGAAUCCAAAUAGUCCAGCGAAUAGCCAAGCAGCACAGCUUUAUCAGGAAAACAAGCGGGAGUAUGAGAAGAGAGUUUCGGCCAUUGUUGAGCAAAGCUGGAAUGACUCAUAAUAGACACCUGGUCUGUUCAUCUUUCAUCGUUGUUGUGUAUAAUUUACCUCCCAGUAGAAAGGCUAGCCAGUUUUAAGUGCCACGGGUUUUAAGAAUUCUGCAAAGAAAAAAGAAAAAGUCCUUCAGUUUAGAACCUACAAAAGCUUGUGUAUCUUGAUUAAUGUACUUUUUAUUGCAUGGUGUGAACUAAGUUAUUGCUGCAUAAAUUUGUAAUAUAUCCUGUUUGUAUUUUUUUCCAAGUGUAUAAUGUUGGUGUGGAGUUUUCAUGACAGAAUAUACACAUUUUGUAAAUCUGUACUUUUUUCAAAUAUUGAAUGCCUUAUUUUUGAAUUCUUUAGAUUUUUAAAUUGGAGAAAAGCACUUAAAGUUUUUUAUAUAUGAAUAUUACAUGUAAAGCUGUUAAAAUACAUAACUUCAGUGCAAGAGACUUUGUCACUUGUUUCCUUAUCUGUGCAGGAGGGACUGAGAAGUCUCUAGCUCUCCACCAGUUGAGAGCUUCAUUUCCAACUGCAGAAGAUCAUACUUCUAUUUUAUCAAGAAAGUCUGCAAAUUUGAUUCUAAAACCAAUUCUGAUCUCCGGCUUUAUUUUGAAUGUACUUCUGUUAGUUCAGUUAACUAAUUAUAGACUUACUGGUCUGAUUCUGUCCAGCUCUGUAUUUGGGCCACUUGUUAACGUGCAUUUCUCAUGUUAAACUGUACCUAUUGUGACUUCACAAUUGGCACUCGCCCACGAGCAGAGCUGACGUUCUCUGCAGUGUGGCAGCACCUUCACAGGCUUUUGAUUAAGAAAGUAAAGCCAUCACCAUUUACCAAACGCCGGGCCGCAGUAUUAACAAUGGCCGGUUGCGUUGGUUUGAGCAAGGCAGAGAUUUGGAAAGAAUAUUGGUGUAACUUGAAUAUUUGCAAACUACCUUUUAAUGCAGCUGCGCGCUACCUGUUUAUUCUGGAACUGUUGAGCACCAGGGCCUGCCGAGUUGCUUCUCACCUCCUCAGUUGUAUACAAGUUGUACUGCAUCUUAGUUUACUGGAUAGAUUUAAAACACAGUAUUGUAGAAAGCUAAUACAAAGCUAUCCUAUGCCUUCAAAUAGUAUAGAAAAUGGAAAAUAUACAAGUAAAUUCU